AACAAACAUGGCGACGUACUGCGCCUGGCCGGCUUAUCUCACUGUACUUACGCUAAUUGCGGCGCUUUUAAUCGGGUUUUAUGCCACAGGUUCAAAUGUAACAUGGCCGGCGGUGUCUCUGACGGUUGUAACCGGACUGGUGUCGCUGUGGUUGCGGAGGUUGCGGCGGCGGGACGGCGGGACGGACCGGCGGGUGUGUGUGCUGGUGCUCGGGGACAUCGGUCGCAGUCCUCGGAUGCAGUAUCACGCCUUGUCCCUCAGCAAACACGGAUAUAACGUUACUUUUGUCGGGUUUUUGGAGACCAAACCUCAUCCAGAUGUGCUGCGAGAGGAGAAAAUAACGACUGUCCCCAUAACAGAAGUGAAAGGUGUUCAAGUGGGACCAAAAAUCCUCACCUACGUGACGAAGGUGGUCGUUCAGUGUCUGCAGCUUCUUCACGUGCUGCUGAGGGGGGAGACACAGUCUCACAUCCUGAUGCAGAAUCCUCCAGGCUUGCCCAGCAUUGCGGUGGUUUGGCUCGUGUGCGUCCUGCGCGGCAGCAGAUUCGUCAUCGACUGGCACAACUACGGCUACACCGUCAUGGCCCUGAGCCACGGCCAGGGACACCCGGUGGUGCAGCUGGCAAAGCGGUACGAACGCUUCUUCGGCCCUCUGGCCUCUCACAACCUGUGUGUCACCAACGCAAUGAGGGACGACCUGCAGAAAAACUGGUCCAUCAAGGCGACGACUCUGUACGACAGACCCGCCUCCAUCUUCAGGGAGACUCCGCUGAGGCUGCGGCACGAGCUCUUCAUGAGACUGGCCGACACGUAUCCUCAGUUCCGGAGCAGCAGGUCUGAGGAGGCGCAGGUGGAGGUGGAGGUGGAGGUGAAGGUGGAGAGGACCGUCUUCUCAGAUUGUGACCUCACUGAUGACACAGUGACCUUGAGGGCGGAGCGACCGGCGCUGCUGCUCAGCAGCACCAGCUGGACAGAGGAUGAAGACUUCUCCGUCCUGCUGAAGGCUCUCGAAGAGUACGAAGGUUUCAUCAAAGGCGGAGCGUCUCUGCCGUCUCUGGUGUGUGUGAUCACAGGUAAAGGUCCUCAGAAGGAACACUACAGGAAGCUGAUCGACCGCCUGCACUUAGAACAUGUGACGAUCUGCACCCCCUGGCUGGAGGCCGAGGACUAUCCCGUCUUAUUGGGUUCAGCAGAUCUCGGCGUUUGUCUCCACAAGUCGUCCAGCGGUCUGGAUCUGCCCAUGAAGGUGGUGGACAUGUUCGGCUGCUGCCUGCCCGUCUGCGCCAUCCACUUCAACUGUUUACAUGAGCUGGUGAAGCACGAGGAGAACGGACUGAUCUUCAGAGACUCUCAGGAACUCGCCGGGCAGCUCAAGUCUCUCCUGUCAGACUUUCCCAGUUCAGACGGCAGACUGGGUGCGUUCAGGAGGAACCUCCGCACCAGCAGAGGGCAGCGCUGGGACGACAACUGGGACCAGAACGUCCUGCCUCUGAUCUCUGGUCCUUAAUGGAGGGUCUUCAUGGCGGAUUGAAAUAUUUCCACACAGUAAAGCCUCUAAAAUGAACGUUGUUAUCAGACACCAGCUUUUACUCGGGUGGUUUUCACUUCAGGACAAACCAACAGACACUUCACACGGGGGGAGUGGCAGAGAAUGAGUCGGCACGUUUAGUUUUAAUGUCUCGUAUGAAGGUAGAGGACUUUCUCAGCGGUCUGUGGACCAUCCAGAGCCAAACAUCUGCACUCUGAAGGGGACUCAGCAUCACUCAGUCCACCUGAGUCCGUCCAGCAGGUGCUUCUCUAAACUCUCCACCUGAAAUUCACUUUCCAUUCCAGCGGUUUUUCCUUCGUCUCAGAACUUGAAUGUAUAAAGGACGCUUUGAUACGAUGUACAUUUGUAAAUAAAAUCUUUAUUGUGCUACAGCGGUGUCACCUGAGCAGUCUGAUCAGUUCUAUAGCGGACGGUCUGCUGUAGGGAAACACGUGGCUGACGGGUCCUGCGAUCACAUGAUGGCUGAUUCCGGCUUUUUCUGUCAAAACGAGACGUCCAGUCAGUUCACUGAGGCAGGAAAACAGCUAACAGCAACCAAUCAGGAAGAAGCAUUUCAAUUCACUGAAGGUCAGUUUGGAUUCAGUCUGAUUAGAAUUGAUAGAAAACAACUUUAUCAUGUUCAACAACAACAACGACAGCAGCUACAGCGGGGCUGACCUUAUGAUGGUUAGGGCUAAUAAA